AUGAGUUCCCGUAACUUCUACAAUAGAGCUUUCAGCUUCUUCAAGGAGUACCGUUCUGCUUCCAAGCUUCUUGUUCUCAGUACCUUCAGUGGUGGCGGUUUACUGGUGUAUUCAGACUCUGCACCAUGGAGGCGUACAUUAACCUCAGAUGGCCAACAAGUCAAGAAGAAGAAAGUAGUGGUUCUCGGGAGUGGAUGGAGCGGCUACAGCUUCCUGAGCCACCUCAACAACCCUAACUACGACGUUCAAGUUGUCUCUCCUCGCAACUUUUUCCUCUUCACACCUCUCUUGCCAAGUGUCACCAACGGCACUGUUGAAGCCCGUAGCAUUGUCGAACCCAUCCGUGGCCUUAUGCGCAAGAAAGGGUUUGAGUACACAGAGGCAGAGUGUGUCAAGAUCGAUGCAUCCAACAAGAAGAUCCAUUGCAAGUCCAAGGAUGGCUCGAGUCUUAAGGGGACAUCAGAGUUUGACAUGGAUUACGACAUCUUAGUCAUAGCUGUUGGAGCUAAGCCCAACACGUUCAACACUCCUGGAGUUGAGGAACAUGCCCAUUUCCUCAAGGAAGCUGAUGAUGCUCUCAAGAUUCGUCACUCAGUCAUCGACUGUUUUGAGAGGGCGUCUCUUCCUGAUCUAACUGAAGAAGAGAGGAAAAAGAUUCUUCACUUCGUUGUGGUUGGUGGAGGACCAACUGGUGUCGAGUUCUCAGCUGAGUUACAUGACUUCUUGGUUGAGGAUGUGGCUAAGAUAUACCCUAAAGUACAAGAGUUCACAAGAAUCACUCUUCUUGAAGCAGGAGACCACAUUCUCAACAUGUUUGAUAAGAGGAUCACUGCAUUUGCUGAGGAGAAGUUCCAGAGAGACGGUAUUGAUUUGAAGACAAAGUCAAUGGUUGUUGGAGUGACUGCUGAUGAGAUAUCUACAAAGGAAAGGGGAACUGGUAAAGUUGUGUCUGAACCUUAUGGUAUGGUUGUGUGGUCAACAGGAAUUGGUUCACGUCCUGUCAUCAAGGACUUUAUGACUCAGAUUGGUCAGGGGCAGAGACGUGUCUUGGCAACUGAUGAAUGGCUUAGAGUGGAGGGAUGUGAUAGUGUCUAUGCUUUAGGUGACACUGCAACCAUUAACCAACGCAAAGUCAUGGAAGAUAUAGCUGCAAUAUUCAGUAAAGCAGACAAGGGAGAGACAGGAACAUUGAACAAGAAAGAGUUCAACGGUGUGGUGAAAGAUAUCUGCCAGCGCUACCCUCAGGUUGAGCUUUACUUGAAGAAGAAGAAACUGAGAAACAUUGCAACCUUGCUCGAGAGUGCUAAUGGUGAUAACACAGAGGUCAACAUAGAAACGUUUAAGCAAGCACUCUCAGAAGUGGAUACUCAGAUGAAGAAUCUUCCAGCAACUGCACAGGUUGCAUCACAACAAGGGAAGUACCUAGCAAAGUGCUUCAACAAAAUGGAGAAAUGUGAGAAGAAACCAGAGGGCCCACUGAGGUUUAGAGGAGAGAGUCGACACAGGUUCCAGCCGUUUAGGUACAGACAUUUUGGAUCGUUUGCUCCACUUGGAGGGGAGCAGACAGCAGCUGAACUGCGGGGAGAUUGGGUCUCAAUUGGUCACAGCAGCCAGUGGCUGUGGUACUCUGUCUAUGCUAGCAAGCUGGUGAGCUGGCGCACAAGGUCGCUUGUGGUAUCUGACUGGGUUCGACGGUUUAUCUUUGGACGUGACUCUAGCAGCAUCUAA